AUGCGGCCUGUUGUCAUCGCCGCCUGCUUGCUGCUGCUCGCGCCCAUCACCGAUUCUUGGUGGGCAUCCGGGAGCGCAGUUAUCCUUGACCCUCGAAUGAUUUGCAAGAAGAAUCGUCGAACAAGAGGUCGACUUGCCCAGAUCUGUAGAAACGAGACUGGGCUCCUGAAAGAGAUUACUAGGGGAGUGACACUGGGUGCUACAGAGUGCGCGCAUCAGUUUAGAAAUAGAAGGUGGAAUUGUACCACACAGAGACGAAGCAUGAGGAAGAUACUCAUGAGAGAUACAAGAGAAACGGGUUUCGUGAAUGCUAUCACAGCGGCUGGGGUAACGUACUCCAUCACCAGAGCGUGCACGGCGGGAUCCCUACUAGAAUGCUCUUGCGAAAAGGGAGCACCGAAACCACGUCGCGGUCGUGAUUCAAUAUCGCUCCCCCCCUCGCAAGUGCCAACAGAGAGGUGGCAGUGGGGAGGAUGCAGCGACAAUGUACGCUUUGGUCUGAAAAAGUCCAGGGAAUUCAUGGAUAGCCGAUACAGAAAACGGAGCGACAUUAAAACAUUGAUUAAACUACAUAACCAUAAUGCUGGGAGGUUGGCGAUCAAGAAUAAUAUGAAAAUAGAAUGUAAGUGCCAUGGACUAUCGGGUUCUUGUACCUUAAGAACCUGUUGGUGGAGAAUGCCAACUUUUAGAGAAGUAGGAGAUAAACUACGAGACAGAUUUGAAGGCGCUGCAAAGGUAAUAGCCAGCAAUGAUGGAGACAGUUUCAUGCCAGAAAGCCCUAGUAUUAAAAAACCAGGCAAGAAAGACAUCAUCUACUCCGAGGAAUCACCAGAUUUUUGUUUGCCUAACAUGAAGACUGGUUCUUUGGGAACACAAGGACGCCAGUGCAAUGUGAGCUCGGCUGGUACUGACAGUUGUGAUCAGCUUUGCUGCAGAAGAGGUUACAAGGAAACCUCUGUUAGAGACACUGAGAAUUGUAAUUGUCAAUUUAAAUGGUGUUGCGAAGUAAUAUGUGAAACAUGCUACGUGAAACGAAACAUACAAACGUGCCUAUAA